AUGGACCAGGACCUCAAGGACCGGCUCCUCCUCCCUCCCCGCGCCGCCUCGAACGGGCCCCACCGCCGCGGCAAGCCCGCGGCGCCAGGCGGCGGCGGAGGUGGGGGUGGCGUGACGAUCGACGUCCACGGCCUGAAGAAGCGCGGCGGCGGGCGGCGCUCGUGGGUGCGGGUGGACGCGGCGACGGGCGCGGCCGAGGCGGUGGAGGUCGCCAAGCCGGCGCUCAUGCGGCGGCUCGACCUGCCCGCGCGCGACCUCCGCCUCCUCGACCCGCUCUUCGUCUACCCCUCCGCCAUCCUCGGCCGCGAGCGCGCCGUCGUCUGCAACCUCGAGCGGAUACGGUGCAUCAUCACCGCUGACGAGGCGCUCGUCCUGCGCGACCCCGACGCUGACGGCGGAGCCGCUGCGGAGGAGGCCGUGCGGAGGUACGUCGACGAGCUGCAACGCCGUCUCGUGGACUGCGCCGACGACCUGCCCUUCGAGUUCAUCGCUCUGGAGGUCGCGCUCGAAGCCGCCUGCUCCUUCCUAGACGCUCAGGCUGUUGAGCUGGAGGCUGAAGCUUAUCCACUGCUAGAUGAGUUAACGGCCAAAAUCAGUACCCUUGACUUGGAGCGUGCUCGACGCCUAAAGAGCAAGCUGGUUGCAUUGACUAGGAGGGUCCAAAAGGUCAGAGAUGAGAUAGAGCAAUUGAUGGACGACGAUGGUGAUAUGGCUGAAAUGUACCUCACGGAAAAGAAGAUGAGGAUGGAAGCAUCAUCAUUGGACGAGGAGGGCCUUCAAGGAGUUGCUGGAAAUAAUGCCUUCGGUGCAUCCGUCUCUGCUCCAGUUUCACCAGUUUCGUCGCCCCCUGCGCCCCGGCGGCUUGAGAAGCAAUUUAGUUUUGCUAGAAGCAGGCACAGCAGCUUCAAGAGCUCAGAGAGCAGUCAAUAUAACAUAGAAGAACUGGAAAUGUUGCUGGAGGCUUACUUUGUGGUUAUUGACUACACUCUCAGCAAAUUAACUUCGGAUAAUGUCCGGAACCAACUGAUCCAGUUCGAGCUGCUGCUGACCACCGCUACGUUUGUGGUAGCCAUCUUCGGGGUUGUCUCUGGGGUCUUCGGCAUGAACUUUGAGGGGGUCGCUGUGCUUAAAGUGCCUCACGCUUUUGAGUGGACGCUCAUCAUAACGGGUGUUUGUGGCGCGGUCAUAUUCGCCUGCCUCCUGUGGUACUUUAAGAAGAGAAGGUUCUUCCCCUUGUAA